AUGCUGCCGCUGCUGCAGUUGCGUCCCCCUGCAGAGACAGCAGAAGAUGCGCCUAUGCAUACAGCAAGAGAGGACCUCUAUGAAGGAGAAGAGCAGCAGCAGCAGCAGCUGCUGCUGCUGCAGCAGCAGCAGCAGCAGCGGAUGGCAAUGCGGAUGUGGAUGCAACAAGAGGAGCUGCUGAUGCAACAGCAGCUGCAGCAGCACCAGCAGCAGCUGCUGCAGCAACAGCAGCAGCAGCAGCAGAUGCAUUCUGCUGCAGAGACAGCACAAGAUUUUUUUUCUCCUGUGUCUCCAUCAGAGCAAAGUAUAGCUACUCCUAAUGAGGAGGAGGAGCUGCUGCUGCAGCAGCAGCAGCAGCAGCAACAGCAGCAGCAGCAGCACCAGCAGCAACUGCAGCAGCUGCAGCAACAGCAGCUGCAGCAGCAUCCACAAUCCGUCUUCUCUGAUCACCGUGACCCUCAGUACUACGAUGCCUACUCUGCUUCCCAUCAGCAGCAGCAGCAGCUGCUGCUGCAGCAGGAGCAGCAGCGGCUGCAGCAGCAGCAGCAGGUGCAUGCAACUGCUCGUCAUGCUGGUAGUGAUCCAUCUUGGCUACAAGAGGUAGCGGAUCGGCUACUAGAGCAGCAGCAGCAAGAGCUGCUGCAGCAGCAGCAGCAAGAGUUGGAGUACCAGCAGCAGCAGCAACAGCAGCGGCUGCAGGAGCAGCAGCAACAACAGCACCUUAGACGUCACUGCUUCCUGGAGGAGCAGCAGCAAAUGCAGCAAGACCCCCAAAUACCCAAGUUUCCGUGGCAUCAGCAGCAGCAGCAGCAACAACAGCAGCAACAGCAGCAGCAGCAGCAGCAGCAGCAGGAGCUGCUGCAGCACACGGCAGCAGCAGACUCUCAGCAAGCUGCUACUCCCUACAGCAGCGUCUCUAGAUGUUCAUUGGAUAGUUCUCUUGAGUGGCAAGAACUGCAGCAGCAGCAGCAGCAAGGACUGCAGCAGCAGCAGCAGCAAGAAUUGCAGCAGCAGCAGCAGCAGCAGCAGGCGCAUCAACACCUGCAACAGCAGCAGCAUAUGCUGAGAGGCCGUACGCCUUCAUGGGACAUGUAUCAUCAGCAGCAGCAACAGCAUCAACAGUUGCAGCAACAGCAGCAGCAACAGCAACAGCAGCAGCAGCAACAGCAGCAACAGCAACAGCAACAGCAGCAACAGCAGCAGCAAAAGCUGCUGCAGCGGCAGCGUAUGACAAGACAAAGGGACUCCUCUCUCUCUGCAAAAGUGGCACUGCGGGCACCGCAGCAGCAGCAACUGCAGCAGCAGCAGCAGCAGCAGCAGAGAAAGGCGUCAGCUGGAUCACGGGAACCCUCAGGACCCGUCACUGCAGCAGCAAAAGCAGCAGCAAGAGCAGCAACUGCAACAGCAGCAGCAGCAGCAGCAUGCAGCAACCGAGGGGUUGCUGCUCGUCCAACGUCGCGGCCGCCAGUAGGGCUAACUCGUGCAGCAGCACGAAGGAGCAGCACUGCUUCCUCUGCAGCAGCAACAGCAGCAACAGCAGCAGCAACAGCAGCAACAGCAGCAGCAACAGCAGCAGCAGCAGCAGACACCACAGGUGGGGCUGCUAGCAGCAAGCGCUGUCGCUCUGCACAACUGUUAAGGCAUUUCUCCUCUAUUGCUAGGUGCCCCUCUCUGCAGCACAGCAGCAGCAGCAACAGCAGCAGCAGCAGCAGCAGCACCGGCCGCCUGGGGGCCUCUGCAUCGCGGAGCAGCAGCACGCGGCUCACUCGUCCUACAACAGCAGCAACAACACCAACAACAACAGCAACAGCAACACCAACAGCAGCAGCAGCAGCAGCAGCAGGAACAGCAGGAACAGCAGCAGCAACGACAUCGAAAGACUAUACAAGACAAGCAGCAGCAAAGGAUACUGUUAAAGAGGAUUUGCUGCUGCUGCAGCAGCAGCACUGGCAACAGCAGCGUGAGCUGCAGCGACAGCAGCAGCAGCAACAGCAGCAGCAGCAGCAACAGCAGCAAACUUACCGAGAGCGCUGGAAGGAGCAAGAGAUCUCUUUUAUGCGGAUGUCUUGGCAGCAGCAAGGAGGAGAAGAACAGCAGCAGCUGCUGCAGCAGCAGCAGCCGCCGCAGCAGCAGCAGGAAAGGGGAAUACGCGACCUGUUGGGCAGCAACAUGCAGCGCAGCUGCUGGCCUGUAUAUCCUCUAGCAGAUACUAAUGGUGGUCCUGCUGCUGCUGCUGCAGCAGAAUGGGUACCAGGUGGGGGCCCCCUGGGGGCCCCUGGGGGGCCCCCCGCAGGCAUCCCUCUUAGUGUUAAUCGCGCUAUGGAAGCAACAAGUGGGUCUGCCUGGGGGCCCCUCUUAAAUGAACCCUAUAGAGGGGGGGGGCCCCCAAGGGUACCGGGAGGGGGCCCCCAAGGUAUACAAGGAUGGAUAAGAGAGGCAGAGGCAGCAGCAGCAGCAGCAAAUGGAGCAACAAUGCACCAGCAGCAGCAGCAGCAGCACGACCAGCACGAACAGAGGGAGCAGCAGGAACCACUUGGAGAGCAAGGGAUGCUGCAGCAGCAGCAGCAACAGCAGCAGGAGGGUCAUCUGCAGCACCAACAGUACAUGCAGCAACACAUGCAGCAGCAACAGCAGCAGCAACAGCAGCAGCAGCAGCAGCAGCACGAAAACAGUGACAAGGGUUUAGAAGGAGUUCGCGCUGUCUCUAGAAUACCCUUACCACCAGGUAGGAGGCCAAGCUGCAGCAGCAGCAGCAGCAGCAGCAGCAGCAGCAGCAGCAGCAGCAGCAGCACCAUUUACUGCAGGGGACAGCAGCAGCAACAACAGCAGCAGCGGCAGCGGCAGCAAGCUACCCCAACAUCCGGUGCAGCAGCUGCAGCAAGAGGGGCGUCCAGCAGCAGGCGACGCAGCACAGCUGUCCCCCCUGUGGGACCCUCAGCAGCAGCAGCAACAGCAGCAACAGCAGCAACAGCAGCAGAACAGAGCAGCAGGAGGAGACUUAGUCAGCAGCAAAGGAGAAACAGCAAAACACAAGAGACAUUUGUCUCUCUUACUAACAACUCGGUGGAGCAGCAGCAGCAGCAGCAGAAAGGCAGCAGCAGCAGCAGCAGCAGCAGCAGCAACAGCAGCAGCAGCAACUUGGCGCCAACUGCAGAGAGAGACACAAACUGCGCAGAAGAGGACACAGAGAAUAUUAAUUCAAAUACUGCAGCAGCAGCAGCAACAGCAACAGCAGCAGCAGCAGCAGCAACAGCAGCAACAGGCGUAAGAAGACACCCGAAUAUAAUUCGUUUCUUGGGGUCUUUUGAGGAUGAAGAACAUUUAGUGUUUGUCCUUGAAUAUGCAAAUAGAGGAACACUACGUCAUCGAUUGAGAGAUGCUGGAGGACCGCUGCCCGAAGCAGAAGCCGCUGUGUAUAUCCAACAAAUAGCAGCAGCAUUAGCACAUCUGCAUGCAAAUAACAUUAUACAUAGAGAUGUAAAACCAGAGAAUAUCUUCCUUCAUUCCUCAGACCCUUCAGAUUUAGCCCCUGAAUUAUUUGGUGUUAGUCAUGAGAGAGGGGCAGAUGUAUUUAGUUUAGGUUUAUGUCUAUGGGUCAUUCUUACGGGGACGCAUCCGAUCCCUGCUGCUGCUGCUGCUGCUGCUGCAGCAGCAGCAACAGCAGACACACAGCAGCAGCAGCAGCAGCAAAUCUUGCUGCAGCAGCAGCAGCAAAAGUUGGAGUUUGUCUUUGGACCAGAGGUUGCUAUUGACGCACAAGAUCUAAUUAAGAAGAUGUGUGCUCACGACCCCGAAGACCGCAUAACUGCAGCAGAAGUGUUACAGCAUCCAUGGAUAUGCAGACUAAUAAACCCUAAACCCUAA